AUGGCAUCAGCCUGUUCAGCAGUGGAUAGGGGACAUGGCUUUGGAAAGGAUGAGGCGAUGAAGCUGGGGGACUUUUGGGGGACGAACAAGCACGCAGUGCCGAGUAAACCCAAGCACGAAACGGCCUACUCCGAACAACUCGAUGCUCACCAUAGGACUCAGUUGGACAUGGCGAAGAGUCUUGGGAUUGAAGAGUUUCUAAAGAUGGCGAGCGAUGACCUGUGCAGACAGCCGGCUCUUCUGCACACACAAGUGGAGAAGCUAGUGAACGUUCAAGACGAAUUGGCGGUGCAGAACUGCUCAUUAUUUCUGGCUUCGUCUAAGGCACUCAGUAAUCUCAGCAGCAGUAUCAACAGUCUGUCCGCUACGCUAGCUGAAAUGGAGCAUUGCAUUCAACCGUUGCACAGCUGUCUCAAGCAAUUCGGUACUGAGAGCAAUGCAGCGUCGACGGAUGAAGCCUCCCUUCAUACCCUUGUCUCUACGCAGUCGUCGGUAUCAGGGCUGCUUGACUUGCCGUCGCUCGUGUUGAAGUGCUCCAACGGAGGGUUGCACGAUGAAGCAGUGGACGCUCUGAUGUUGGCAGACGAAGUGUGUAAGGCACUUUAUAGCUGCGUCGGUUUAGCUGCAGAUCGGGACAGCUCGAUGCUUAUCGUUAAGGAAGUGCACCAGAAUGCAGUUGUGCAUGCUCCCGCCUUCGUGCAUACCUGCCAGAUGAAGGAAGCACGCACUAGCUGCAUGAAGACACUGCUGCGACUGUUGGGACAGCAUGCGCAGCUGUCUCCUUCAAUGAAACUCAUUGGCCCACUUCGCCGCCUGAGCUGCUCUGAAGAGCAGUUGCGGAUGCAGUACCUACGACGGCGGGAUGCGGAGAUUUCCCGGCAACGUCGCAACGCGGAAGGAUCGUGUGAAACAGACCCAGCCCAUGGUUUGUGCGCGGCAUCAGAGCUGCUUCGGGUGGAUGUUUUGCAGACAGCUAUAAACUACCGGGCGAUUUUCGGUUCCACGGACGGCCGGUUGUCGGCAUGGCUGGCAGAGCAGGUGCACUGGUUUGUGACGCUAGUUGAUAAAGAGCUUCUGCAACGCUCUGGCAUAGCAGACUCAGCUGACGAUUUCAAGGGAAUAGGACCUUUGCUGGAUCUUGCAGCCCUUGAAGCAAGUGUCGCACAGGCGAAUUUGCGGAAUGUACCAAAUUUCAGAGUGGGAUUAUUGGACUUGGCAACGAUAUUCAGGCAGGUGUAUAAUGCGGCCUCCGCAUUCCGCCGAGUGCAGUGCUACUUCUUCCCCGUAGUGGCCCUCGCAUUCGACCGCUAUGUUGCCGCAGUGCAUCGACAAAGAGUUGAAGGCAUUGCUGUUGCCUUCUCCCAGAGCAUCGAUGAGUAUGACUGGUUGCCCUCAACGGCUCAUUUGAGCCUUCUGGGGGCCUCGCCUUGGUUCCAUUCUGCUCUGUCUGCUAACCGUUCCUGUGUCUUCCUGCUGCGGCAUGCACCCCUAUCAAAUCUCUACAACAGCACGCUUGAAGUAGCCAAUGCCUUUCAGGAGUGCCCUAUAUCCACAACAGCAGCAGGUGUUAUGACCCUGAUAAGAAACCUGCUCGCCCUUUGCAUUCGCAAGCUUAUUUCCGUGAAGCCAGGAAGCCGCGGGGCCUUUGAAGACGAGAUAAAUGCAGUCGAACACGCCUUAGUUCAAAAGGAAAGUGGAUGCGAAGGCUCUGCAAAGCGUCAAGCCGAAUUUUUUGUUCUCUGCGACAUCUUCGCUACUGUGUUGCUGCCAGCAGUCGCUAAGCAACUGUCAUCGACCUUCCCUGUAGGGACAGAUUUGGAUACUGAGGAACUACGGUUACUGAUGGAGGAGGCAGACCUCUGCCACAUCCCAAACCCAUUCAUGGAGACAUGCUCUACCUGCGAUCAGCAGGCCACUGACCAUGAUUGCCUAAAGAACGCUUCAGCUGUUGUCCCGUGA